CAUAUUUAAUAUUUAUUUUGUCUGAUUUUUCUUGUCCAUAAUCUAAAAAUUAUCCAUAUCCUUCUAAACCCUAUAACUCAAAAGACCUCAUCUGACUCUGUUUUCUCAUAUGGGUAGUCAUUGUCUUCUUCUUUGAUCUAGGUUUUUGGGUGUCUUUUUGUGAAUUUUUCUGGGGUUUUGACCAUCUGGGUAGCUUUCGUGUUGAUAAAAGAUUGAAUCUUUUUGAGGGCUUCUUUCAAUUUUUGUUAUUGAACUGAUUGUACUAGAAGUAGCUUAUUGUAGGAGUAUUCUAAUUGGAUAAUGUCUCGGUUGAUUCUACCAUGCAAAGGUUCGGGCUUGUCGAAGACAUGUCUCUUGGGUUUGAUAUCCUUUGCUCCUUUUCAGGCAACUUGUCGUGUUAGUUCUGUUGGGCAUCCAGCGAAGAAUAUUUCCAGAUACAGACAGUAUUGUAGUCUUGAGGCAACGCAUUGGAGGAAUUAUCGAUUCCCGUGUUAUUCGUUACAAAGUGUUAAGCAAGCAAGCAGGAGGUUAAUUUGUUCGGUCGCAACAGGAACAUUACCAAAACAAGUGGAAGAAUCCAAGAUGGACGCACCAAAAGAAAUUUUUCUGAAAGAUUAUAAGUUAGCUGAUUACUACUUUGAUACGGUGGAUUUGAGAUUUUCACUCGGUGAGGAGAAAACAAUUGUGUCCUCCAAAAUAAGUGUCUAUCCCAGAGCUGAAGGUUGCUCUUCCUCGUUAGUUUUAGAUGGGAAAGAUCUGAAGUUGGUUUCAGUUAAUGUCAACAACAAGGAGCUGAAGGAGGGCGAUUUCCUCUUGGACUCACGCCAUCUGACUCUCCUCUCACCUCCAAGUGGUAAAUUUACAUUGGAAAUCAUUACUGAGAUAUACCCACAGAAGAACACUUCAUUAGAGGGACUUUUCAAGUCAUCUGGGAAUUUCUGUACACAAUGUGAAGCCGAGGGUUUCCGAAGAAUUACAUUCUAUCAGGAUCGUCCUGAUAUUAUGGCAAAAUACACUUGUCGCGUUGAAGCUGACAAAUCUCUGUACCCUGUACUAUUGUCUAAUGGAAAUCUCACAGAGCAAGGAGACCUAGAGGGAGGCAGACAUUAUGCUCUCUGGGAGGAUCCGUUCAAGAAACCUUGCUAUCUGUUUGCUUUAGUUGCUGGACAGUUAGAGAGCAGAGAUGACACAUUUACAUCCCGUUCGGGGCGGAAGGUGUCCCUUAGAAUUUGGACCCCUGCAGAAGAUCUUCCUAAGACGGUGCAUGCCAUGUAUUCCCUGAAGGCAGCAAUGAAGUGGGAUGAAGAUGUUUUUGGUCUUGAGUAUGACUUGGAUCUCUUCAAUAUUGUGGCAGUUCCAGACUUUAACAUGGGAGCUAUGGAGAACAAGAGUUUGAAUAUUUUCAAUUCCAAGCUUGUUUUGGCAUCUCCAGAAACUGCUACAGAUGCCGAUUAUGCUGCAAUUUUGGGUGUCAUAGGCCAUGAGUAUUUCCACAACUGGACAGGCAAUAGGGUGACAUGUCGUGACUGGUUCCAGCUUAGCCUAAAGGAAGGUCUCACUGUCUUCCGUGAUCAGGAAUUUUCAUCUGACAUGGGGAGUCGUACGGUGAAACGAAUCGGCGAUGUUUCAAAGCUUCGUAUUUAUCAAUUUCCUCAGGAUGCUGGUCCCAUGGCUCAUCCUGUACGGCCUCACUCUUACAUUAAGAUGGACAACUUCUACACCGUAACGGUGUAUGAGAAGGGAGCUGAAGUUGUCAGGAUGUACAAAACCUUGCUGGGGGGUCAAGGUUUCAGAAAGGGCAUGGAUCUAUAUUUCAAGAGGCAUGAUGGGGAAGCUGUAACAUGUGAAGAUUUCUUUGCUGCCAUGCGAGAUGCAAAUGAUGCAGAAUUUUCUAAUUUCUUGUUAUGGUACUCCCAAGCUGGGACCCCUCGCGUGAAGGUUGUUUCUAAUUACAAUGCUGAAGCUAAGUCAUACUCUCUUAAGUUUAGUCAAGAGGUUCCACCAACCCCAGGGCAGCCAGUGAAAGAGCCUAUGUUCAUUCCUGUUGCAGUAGGUCUGCUGGACUCGAGUGGCAAGGACAUGCCUCUCUCCUUUGUGUAUCAUGAUGGAAAGUCGGAGUCUAUCACAAGCAAUGAUCUUCCUGUCUAUACUACGGUUCUUAGAGUAACAAAGAAAGAAGAAGAAUUUGUGUUUCCUGAUGUACCCGAGCAGCCAAUUCCGUCUCUGUUACGAGGCUACAGCUCUCCUAUCCGUCUUGACUCUGAUCUCUCUGACAGUGAUUUAUUUUUCCUCCUUGCUCAUGAUUCAGAUGAGUUCAAUCGUUGGGAAGCUGGACAGAUAUUGGCAAGGAAGCUGAUGCUUGGCCUAGUGGCUGAUUUCCAGCAAAGGAAGCCACUUAUUCUCCAUCCACAGUUCAUGGACGGAGUUAAAAGCAUACUCUGUGACCCAAUAUUGGAUAAGGAAUUCAUUGCCAAGGCAAUAACCUUACCUGGUGAAGGGGAGAUCAUGGACAUGAUGGAAGUUGCAGACCCUGAUGCUGUUCAUGCAGUUCGCACUUACAUCAAAAAGCAGCUAGCUUCCAAAUUAAAAGAAGAGUUUAUCAGCACGGUAAAAAACAACAAGAGCUCAGAGCAGUAUGAGUUUAACCAUCCCGAGAUGGCAAGGCGUGCUCUUAAAAAUGUGGCACUUGUAUAUCUUGCGUCACUUGAAGAUCCAGAACUCACAGAGCUUGCAUUGCAAGAAUACAAAACUGCCACAAAUAUGACUGAACAAUUUGCAGCUCUGACAGCUAUUGCUCAGAACCCUGGGAAAACUCGGGAUGAUGUUCUGGCUGACUUCUAUAGCAAUUGGCAACAUGACUUCUUGGUUGUGAAUAAAUGGUUUGCCCUUCAAGCAAUGUCAGACAUUUCUGGUAAUGUUGAGCAUGUCCGGAACCUCCUAAAUCACCCAGCAUUUGACAUGCGCAACCCUAAUAAGGUAUAUUCGCUGAUUGGAGGAUUUUGUGGGUCUCCUGUUAAUUUCCAUGCAAAAGAUGGGUCAGGCUACAUAUUCUUAGGAGAAAUGGUUGUGCAGCUUGACAAGCUGAACCCACAGGUGGCCUCUCGCAUGGUGUCAGCCUUCUCCAGAUGGAAGCGUUAUGAUGAAACCCGACAAGGCCUUGCCAAGGCCCAGCUGCAGAUGAUCAUGUCUACCAAUGGACUUUCAGAGAAUGUGUUCGAGAUUGCCUCAAAAAGCUUGGCUACUUAAGUAAUUUUCCUUGUUUUGAAGGAUAAACUGCCACUUAUUUUUGAUCGAAUUAGUUUCCGAAAAAAUCUCCAGUUCAAGUAUAGAUUUUGUGAUCGCAUAAACUGCCUAGCUCUCAACCAACUGUUAGAAUGACUAGGAUGUUUGAGUUCCAUUUUCAAUAAUGCAGUGGAAGUGCUUUGGCAACCCCUAAACCUGCUUGUUUUUGCUGAGACAGGACCAGCUUGUCCCACAUGUUGGAUUCCAUGUUUGCAUCGUCUGUUCUCUUAAAGCAUAUUUGGUAGUGGAAAUGCUGGUGUGAUAUCAGAGAAUCAGAGGGUUUAUUUGUGCAAUGCACGACAAGUGUGUAAGGUUAAAAUAUAAGUGGACAGAUGUAUUGUGGUUAAAAUGUUAAAUAUGUAAAUUAAUUGUGGUUAAAAAGUUAAAUUGUAAGUAUGGAAUUUAUUUUACUUAAAAGAUCAAAUGUAAGUUCGUAAGAUAAACUGUAGAAUGCAAAUGAUUAGAUGGUUGUGCUUAAUGUUCAACCUUUGGACACCUUGCUGGUUUUAGUAGUUGUAAAGUCCUAAUAUGUGCAUCUGAUAUUAAAAAAUGACAACUAAACCAUUGGUUUAGUGGUUGUGCCUGA